AUGGCUGCAGAAAACAGCAGAAACGAUGUCUUCUGCUGCUACAUUUGCUUAGAAGACUUUAAGGAACCAAAAGCUCUAAUCCCUUGCCUACACACAUUUUGUUGUCGAUGUCUGCAAAACCAUAUCAAUAGUCGGGAGGAGGAAAUCAAUAGCCGAGGCACAUUCUCCUGCCCUUCUUGUCGUGGUCGGGUCAUUCCUCCGAGUUCUUCAGUACAAUUAAGUGGAUGGGCGAAAACAUUUCCCACUAAUUUUUUUGUUGGUAGCGGAAUGUCUCCUCGCAAAAGUCAGUGGAGUGAGUUCGAAACAUGCAAAUCGUGUCGACGUCGAGGGCAGGGUAAUCGCAAGGCGACCUCCUGGUGUAAAAGCUGUAACGAAAGCCUAUGUCCAGCCUGUAACCUCGAACAUAAAAUUUUCCCACGACCACCCGAUUCGAAACACGAGACGGUCAGUCUGUCCCAAGCAGUGAUCUGGCAGGCUUCUGCAGCUACAUCCACCUGUCCAAUUCACACAGGUGAAGAUCUAAAUAUCUUCUGCGCUAGUUGCAGUAAAAUGGUUUGUUGCGGAUGCUUUAUUGAUACCCACAGUUCUUGUAAAGUGGUACUCACCGACCGGGCCCGUCGACAAUUGAAUGUUUCCUUACAGAACCGUAAGUCGGAGAUGGAUGAGCUUGCCAAUAUGGUACAAAGUCAGCUAGAGAAACUGACCCAACACAAGGAAGGUACAUUGAAUGAGGUUCGUAUUUCUACAGAGGAAAUGAUCAAAAUUUUACUCGAGAAAGCGGCUACAGCGGUUAGUGAAGCUGAACACGAGUUUGAAGAGCAACAAGAUAAUUUAAACAAGUUAUUAGCACAGACUAGACAAAUAUCUUCUUACCUUGGUGAUCGUAUUGUCCAGAUAAAGAAGUCAAAUGAAACGACUACUGAUCCGGAUGUAUGCACUUUGUCUGGCGAGAUCUUUACCAGCACUGAACUCAAGAUCCCAUCCUUGCAGUGUAUGCGUCUAAUGCCACGUAUUCACCCAAAUCCUUCCUUUCUUCGCGGUUUCAAAGAAAUGUCAAAAUAUGAAAUCUGUCGGACCAUAAUGGAAGAAGAGAAUGUACCCUAUAAAGAAAAUCAAAUGAAACACUACCGAACUGUCACGUGGACACACGACAGCAUCCCCAACAAAAUAUCGACUUUUGAGUGUCGGAGCAUCGUUAAACGGAAGGACGGAUCCCGGCUAGACAAUUUGGUGGUCAUUCCGAAAAAAUUUAUCGUCGUCAGCGACCGGCACAGUGGUGCUUUGAAAAAAUUUGGAUUCGACGGUCAGAUGUUGGAAGAGUUUGAGCUGCAUUCACCCCCACACGGAAUUUGUCUGUGGGCCAAUUACGAAGUAGUCGUCACACUCCCUGAGAACAAGCAGAUCUGUUUUGUCAAAUGCAAUGGCUGCAUCGAAAUUCGCAAAAAUUUGAAAACACUCAAGUCUUACGAGAGUGUUGCCAGCCCUGAUUAUUGUCGUCUGGUUUGUUCAAUUAACUACUACACGCUUUGUGUUGACAUUCUUGUUUUCAAGGACGAUAAUGAAAUACAGAACGUGCAGACAGUUGACCUGGACUUAGAAACGGGUAUCCUCGAGGGUGGCCUUUGGUACAUGACAGUCACUCAGCAAAUGAAUAUCCUUAUUGUUGGUAACCGACUCAAGUGUUUAUACUGCUUUGAUAAAGAAGGGCAGAUGAAAUUUACCUAUCGUGGCUCUGGGGAGCAUGCUCUGGAGCAUCCCGAAGAUGUCACUACAGACAAUAGUUUCAUCUAUGUAACCGACAGUGACAGAAAUCGCGUACUUAGAUUUACUAUGAAUGGGGAUUUUGAAUCAGUUUUGUUAACAGCCAAAGAUGGGCUUGCAAAUCCCGGUGGAAUCCAUAUCAGUCCCUUAGGCGAAGUUGUUGUUUCAGAAUUAAAGCCUUCAAUGAAGCUUCAUGUUUUUCAGCUUUGA